AUGGAGGCUGAGCCAAAGCCCGUUGCCGCCCCAAAGGAGAAUGACGGUCUCAAACAAGGCUACAUCCGCAUCAUCAUCACAAACUGCGUUGCAACAGACGAGACUGCCUCCGCGUUGUUGGACCAGCUGCAGGCUCUGGAACCGCUGGUCGCCAAAGGUUCUACCUGCAGAACUUUCAAGGGCAACAGCGAAAAGAUACUCAUCGAGGCAGCCACAUGCUGCGAGAUCACCGCGGCAGCUAUCGGCGACUUUGAAACCACGAUUCAGAAUGUUUUGCCGGAAUCCAGCUACGAGAUCCACGUCCGCCCCCUGGGAGGCCCCCGUUUCCUUCCCUAUGUCUAG